AUGGAUCCGAUCGAUAUAGCAAGAUUGGUUGAGGAGAUGAAGAAAGCUAAGGUAGCGGAGAAAGACAAAGUGGUGAUUGAGAGUGAAGUGAUAAAUCGAGAAGUCGAUCGAAUGAGCAGGUGCCUGUUGGUUAAAGUAUUCUCAUCCAAGCCGAUUAAUCGAGAGGUCUUCAAACAACAAAUGCCGAUGAUUCUUAACCUCUCAAAAGGAGUAGAUAUCGAAUCGGUGGGGGAAAACUUAUUUAUCAUGGAAUUUCGAUCUCUUCAGGAUAGACGAAGAACUCUUACGGAAGGUCCAUGGAAUCUAUUUCAGAAUCUGGUUUUGUUUAAGGAAAUUCGAGGUUUACAGAAUCCUCGAGAGGUCUUCUUUGAUUCAAUUAGCAUUUGGGUUCAGCUUCAUAAUCUUCCCAUUGCGUUGAUGAAUAAGAGGGCGAUUCAAUCAAUUGCCUCUAAGACUGGUGAUGUAAUUGAAAUUGACGAAGGGCAUGUUCUGAAGGAGUGUGAGUCCCCAGAAGGAGACCGAGAAAAUCUUCCGUUUGGACCGUGGCUGAAAGCGGCAACCCACUUAACUGGGAAGAAGAAUCGAAACGAAGGAAGAGCUUCACCCAGGAGUUCCCCAACCGGUUCUUCAUCUUCGAAUCACAGCCCGGGACAGUCAAGGGAUUUCUUCAACAAAGAUUUCCAAAGCCCGGCGAAAGAACUUCAUUCCCCGAUUGGUAUAGAUAGUGAAAAGCGAUACAAAAGCAUUAGAGAAAAUUCAAUCCUCAGCGAAGAAGCUUCAGGAGGACGAUCGGUCAAGAACCUCACAUUCCUUAGAACGGCAACCAAAGAAAUGGAGACGUAUAGAUAG